AUGGUGGAGGGGCCUACGAGGAAGGUGCCCGGCCCUGGUGUCCCGCAGAGACUUUCCCUGCAAUGGGAGCAUUUCUGCGGGCGCACUCUGUGGUGCGUCCUCCGUUUCCCGCCAAACGGAGAGACCGCGCUGCCUCUCUCCGGCGCACGGGGAUGGGCUCGUUUCCUCUCCUGGCUCGCACGGAAAGGUGCAGAGAAAGAGCGGGCGGUGUCGCUGCCGGCGCGGCCGCGGGAGGGUGCUGCGCGCCGGGCACGGCGGCGGCGGCGGCGCUGCGGCAGAAGAUGUCGGCGGGGCGGCAGGGCCGGGCGGCGGCGGCGGCGUGCUGGCUGGCGGCUGUGCUGUGGGGCGGUGCGGCUGCCGCCGGCGCGGGGCUAUGUGGUGCUCAGCUCGGUGUCCUGGCCGCUGCCCGACGGCGACGGGGCGGCGGGGGACGAGCUGCACAGCUCCUCCACUGAGGAGGCGCUGCCCGCGCUGCUGGAGGAGGCGAGCAGCCUCUGGAAGCAGAGCUACCCGGCCUCGGCGUACCGGGAGGACGGAGAGCUGGGCCCGGGGCCGGCGGCGCGGCGGGCGGCGCGGGGCGCCUCUCCCUCGAGGAUGUUCUCCUACCGGCGGGAAAGCGGCCCGGGGCCCAGCGCCGCCGCCCGGCCGCAGCCCGAGCGGGAACCGGAGCGGGCCGCCGCCACCGCCCGCUUCCUCGCCCACCAGAACACCUGGGGCUUCGUGGCUACGCAGGCGGCGCGAGGCAAGAUCCAAGGUAUGCCCUAUGGGAACUGUCUACUUGUCAGCGAUGGUCCCAUCAAUAACAGCACUGGAAUCCCUUUCUUUUAUGUGACGCCAAAGGAUAACACUGUGGCAGAUCUACUGAAGAAUCCUGUAGCUUCUCUGACCCUGCCAGAGACAAACAGCAAUUUUUGCAGAAAAAAUGUAAUUGAUCCUGAGGAUCCAAGGUGCACCAGACUGACUCUCACAGGACAGAUGGUCACAGUGCCUCCGGAGGAAAUGGAAUUUGCCAAGCAAGCAAUGUUUUCUAGGCACCCAGUGAUAAGAAAGUGGCCUCGCCACUAUGAGUGGUUCUUCAUGAAAAUGAACAUUGAGCACAUUUGGCUUCAAAGCUGGUAUGGAGAAGUUUCUACCAUUACAGUAGAGGAGUAUUUAAAAGCAAUUCCAAGUAAAGCAUGACUGAAUGGCCUUUGAAGUACAGGUCUUCUAAGUUUCCUUUCCGAGCAUUUUUAAAAUUUCAUGCUGGAUGUUUUCUUUAUAGUGAUUCUUUUUUUUUUCAAAAAUGUUCAAAAUAGUCCUGUCUUACAGGGAACAGAGUGAAAAUAAACCAAACACAGACUUUGAAAUUAUACAGGAGAGGUGAAUAGUAACCCUAACCUGCAAAGUAUGAAUACGUCAUUUCAAACAGGCAAUAUACCAUCUUGAACAUUACUUAAAAACAUUUUGUAUCUGUUUGUUUUGACUUUUAUUGCUGCACACCCACAUAGAAAUUAUAGUAUGUGCUAAAUAUAAUGUUCUGAUUUACAGAAAAGCAAAUUGCCUAUUCAAAACACUCUGUAUUGUGGAAGUAUUGCUGCUUGAUCUCUCGUGUUUUGUAGGCAUUCUAAGCUAAAUCUAACAGCUACAACUUUAGAUAUCUAAGUUAAAGAAUAUUUUAAUAAAAUUGUCCUCAUUUCCUAACUUGUAUUUUCUACAUAUAUUUUUCACUAAUUAUCUAAUUGGAUAGUGGUAGAACACAGCCUCUCAUCAGGCACUUAGUAGAAAAAAUGCAAGCAGCUCUAACAACACAACUUCAGUACAGCUUGUCUCCUACUGACGCAAAGCUGGUUAAACAUGUUAAGGGCCAAACAACAAAUCAGCCCCACAAGGAUUAUCCCAAUACAAGUAUAAACAUUCUUGUAAAAAAAACUAAGUAAAUGUUCUCAGCUAGCCUACUGUAGAUUAUGAGACAGGAAAGUAUUUUUAAUAGACUAUAGUCCCAAAUUUUUUUACAUCCCAUCUGCAGCUACUGUUUUUUUUUUUUUUUUUUUUUUUUUUUUUUUUAAUUCAUUUGUGCAACUGACUUUGUAAAGCAUCACUAACUCAUUUAAGGGGUGCAGCCAGUCCCUUAAUUCUGUUUUCUCACUCAGUUUAGAAGAGUUCCUUCCUGGAUUUAUUUUUUUAAAGAAGUCUACUGAUAGAUAUUUCAAUCCAUGAAAAACUCACUUUCUUAGUAUGGACAGUGCAAACUUCAUUGCAAAUGCAUUAUGUAUGGCAUUUUUCACAAUGAUAUUAAAACAGUUCAAAGAUGUUUUAUUAGUCUUCAGCUCUUUCUCUAGAGGAUAAACUUACUCGGUAGCUUCUAAGGGUAUCACAGUUAAAAAUGUCCCAUUGCUUAACUGGCUAAUCCAUUAUACCAUCUGUAAAUCAUACAAUUGUCCUCCCUGUAACACUGAAAACAAGACAAAUUUAGAUGGGUUUUGUGUGUCUGAGAGGGAAUGCACAAGUCUUUCAGCAUUCUGGGAGAGAACCAGAGCUCGUGAUAGUAACCCAUGCCAAGGUAGGCCUGAGAAAGAGCACGGAUCUCUCUGCUAGUGACCUGAGCUUUUACAAGUUAAGCUUUGGACAAGUUAAGCUCAGAGCACCGUGACCAGCUGGAAGCCAAUUAAGCAUAGCUGAGCUUAUUUUGGUUCACACAUUAGGAGAGGGCAUCACUCUCUGAGCCGAGCUAGACGACAUGCUGCUUUAACUACUAGGGGUCACUAAGACCUUGGGUGAUUUUAAGGCUUCAGGCAUUGCUACCAUUACUAAUACUCUAUAAGAACUGGAGAAAAAUUGGUGGGGAAAAAUCUUUGUUUGCACACUUGCUAAGCAUACGUUUUCUUGUCUCACUUCCAGUGAGCCUCUUAACAGUGCUGAUCUUUCGUAGAGGUAAUUUUGCAAAAAAAGAGUAAGUCCUGCCUGAAUGUGUUUCCUUUUUUUUUUUCUUGUCAGAUCAGCAGCAUUUUCCCAUGUGAGUUUGCCUCCAAAUCUUGUAGUACUGAAGCAAAACAGCUGAUUCUAUAUAGCUUUAUAGAAUACCAUUAAGUGAAAUCCUCCUGGAUACAUAUACCUGGAGAUAUGGAUACAUAUUACCCUGGAGAUCUUUGUCCACUGUGGAUUUGAUUCUAUAUCCCCAUUAAGAUUAAUGGGACUUUUAAAAAGAAAAUUCAAUAGAUAGAGUACUAGAUAGAGUACUCUAGAUAGAGUACUAGACCCAGUAAGAGAAUCUCCACAGGUCUGAAGUACAAAUUUAUGUGCAACUUUAAUUACAUGUUAUCCUAGUUCACUAUUAUUCCCAGAAAAACUUGAAAUGCUCAUAUUCUCUUUCUUUCUCACACACAAAAAUGCUGAAUGUUUGAACAGCUGAGGAAUAGAAUACAAAUUUUAGAAAUGUUUUUAUUACUCUACUCUCAUUUUCACUCACAUACUUGCAUAGCAUGGUAACAGUGAUAUGGUCCAACCAGGUAGUAUCCAUUACUUAUUAACACUCUUGCCUUAAAGUAGUAAGGGAUAGUAUCAACAAUAUUUAGCAGAGCUUUAACCACUUAAGAAGUAAAUGUAUACUAAGAAAGGUCUUGCAUUCACAAUACACUAUUUACUAUCUGUUCUCUGCCUGGUUAAAGUGAUUGGAGUAGCUACUUUCUAAAGUGAUACACCAAUAGACAAGCUUUGCUAUGUGGACAAGCCUUGAGACCCUUUGAAGAACUUCAAAACAUGAAACAGCAGGGGCAUGUAAAGUGACAAAGAAUGCUUUGUAAAGAAAUGUCAUCUUAAACCACCUGUUUCAUUUCAUGCUUCUUUCUUCUGAAGAAUAGUUUCCAUGAAAGCCCUUGAGAGUCUGUAAAAAGUCAUCAAAAAUAUGCCCUGGAGGAUUUGAAUGGAAUUUUCUGCAGCAAAAGAAAAAAAGGAGAGGAGAUAGUCACUAGUUUGUUUAAUUGGACUUUACAUUGUUAAUUAUAUAUUACUAUUUUUCUUUAAACUGACAAAUUUCUCAAGCGAUACUGAUCAUUAUCAUCACAUGGUAAGUGAUGUUUGUUAAUGCUUUUAAUCCAAAGAUUAUUAUUAAGAUCCAUAAGAAGAUCAUAUUUUCUUGAGACUGUAGUGGAACUGAUCUUGCUUUAGUUCAAGUCAAUAGCAAAAAUCCUAUUUAUUUGUUGUGCUUUAAUUAUUAGAUCAAAUAGACAUUUUAUGAAAGGCUUUGCAAGCCUGUUUGAAUUUAUAAAGCGUUGCAGCUAGAUGAUUUUUAUUUUCAUGUAUUGUGUAUUUUAGCUAUUUAUUUCUGUAGCUUCCCCCCAAAACCUUGUUGUGCAACAUAUAAUAGCUAAAAUUUGAACUGUAGUUUUGCAAUAUUUAAGAGAUGCAUUUAGUCAUGCCAGUGUAUUUGCUGAAAAAAGGAAGGAAGACAAAGUUCCUAUACUUGAAUUCUAACUUUUAGCUAAUUUGUGCAAAUGUAAUGCAUGUACAGUAUUUAAGUACAGCUAGUUUUAACUGCUGUUCUUAUUUAACCAAAGAAUGCUCCAUUUCUAAUGAAAUUUGCAUCAUUUAAGUGGAUGAAAUUCACUGCAUCUUGUUUCUGGAUGUGUGCUGCAAUUUGCAAUGUAUUUUGACUUCUAAAGAUACUAAAUGUUGUUAACAAAAUGGCUGUCAAGCACAAAAUGCAAAUAAAAUAAAUUUCAGAAGUGAAACUGCAGAUAGAA